CAUUUCAAUGCAAAGCGUGCGGUUACCAUCAAAUGCAUUGACUUUCAGUGAAUGAAUACAACACCUCUUUGAUCAAAAUGACCAGCACGAAAUCUCUACAGCCCCCAGACGUGAAAAGGACCUUCAGUUUAGAAACUAAAGACCUAAAUCAUGACAACGAACAAGCUAAACUUGUGAACAAGAGAGAGAUUUAUCGCCAGCGAAACCAGCAAUACGUAAAAGCAAUGUAUGGCGACAUUGCAGCAAAAGAGGAAGUACGGAAGAAUAAUAGAAUAUCACUUCAACAGCAAAUCCAAGAGCAUGACAACAACUUUCAAAGACAUCUCAAAGAACGCUAUAAAGAGAGUGAUUUUGCCAUAAACUAUGAUAAAGCAUGUUUACAACAAGAUGCUGUUGACAAAUAUGAACGACUCAAGUAUUUGAAGACAUUUAGGGAUGAAAAUAAGAAGAUCAUGGAAAGAAAGGCUGAACAACUAAAACAUGAAAGGCAAGCUGCUUAUGUACAAGAAAGAAAGCUUCUAAGCCAAAGCCCAAUCAACUGGAGCAAAACACUGCACUGAUCUAGUACACCAGCAUAUUGCAAAAUAUAAGCAAUAUCAGAGAUCCUAAAAUUCAUCCAAGUGGUGCUGUACAGAGCUCAAAAUAGAGACAAAGUCAGACGUCAUUGAUUUACAGUUAUUUACUCGUAACUUGUUUGGCUUGGCAUAUGGAGUAGUAGAAUAAAAAUAGCAUCAUGGGGGAUUGGAAUCUCUGAUAUUGCAGUGUGUGUAUACAAUAGAGCCUUUAAAUUAUUAAAUAAUAAUAAGCAACAUACUUAAACAAGCUUGUGUGAACAUUUUAAAAUAUGCAAAAAAAAAAAAAAAAAAAAAAAA